AUGCGCUCUUCAACAAUAAUUGAUCAAGAAAGAAAACAAACGUUAGGGUUAGAAGUUGCUUCAGGGAAUUCCUGGCUGCCAUUGAGAGUUCCUCGCAGCUGUUCGUUUCCCGCUAAUCUUCAUCGGAGAGGGAUUCUGAUCCUUCUUCUUUUGUCUUUUUUGAUGGCUUCUGGAAGCCCUAAAUUUCUCAAUUUAGCCACUACCACCGCCACUAACCUAAAUUUCCAGAUUCCUGCAAUCACGGUCAAACUUGAUCGAACCAACUAUCCACUCUGGCGCACCACCAUUGUUUCGGCACUUGAAGCUUUUGAGUUGGAGAAAUUCGUCUUCAAUCCUCAGCCACCACCAGAAAUCCUCACUGUACCUACGACUGAAGCAAUUCUAGUCACCGCUACCUCACCUGCUAUUGUUGCCAUUCCUGCCAAAACUACACCAAAUCCUGAAUACGCCACAUGGAAAAGGCAUGAUCGGGCAUCUAGUAUGCAACUCAGGUUUAUUACUCCAGGAAGAAGCAAGACUCGAACAAGAGCAUCUUUGUGUUGCCUCUACAAUUACCGAGGAGAAUAUAAACUUCAAGUAGGAAAUGGGAAAAACAAUCAUCAAGGGGGAUAA